AUAAGUGAAGGGUUGGGUACGACGAAGGGUAAUUCAGUAAAUGUAUCUUUGGUCCUUCAGGGUAUUUCCGGUAUUCUACAAAUGGUCAAAUAGUAACUUUGGCACUAGAUUUUUUCUCACUCUAGGUGUACUUGCACUCCAAAAUUCUGGAAUGAUCUUUCAAUUUGUGUCUCUGGAAGUGUCCAUCUUCGUCUUCACCCUCAAUUUGUGUCUCUGGAAGUUCACCCUUGAGAUAUCAAUUUUGAAGAUUCUAGGGGUAGAGGAAUCCAGGAUCCAAGAAUUUGAGAUAUAAAAUGACACAGCGACUUGGUAUAUAUGCAAUCACUCCUGAAAUACCAGACUGGACCUGUAAAGUGCAAGUUGUGGAUAUAUGCAAACCAGGAGAAGGUUCUCACCGAAAGAUAAAAUAUUUGAACAUGAUCUUUCAAGAUGAACAAGAAGACCUAAUAAAAGCUAUUGUUUACGGUGAUGAAAUCUCCUCUUAUCAAGAUAUAUUCAAGCUAUUCCACACCUAUUUGAUAACGGGUGCGCGCAUACAAGUACCAAAUUUGAGAUAUGAAAGACCCUUGCAUACAUUUGAGUGGAUUAUUGACAAAAAAAAAACCAUAGUUGAUCCAAUUGAAAAGGAUAGUCUAGAUGAGGAUGAAUUGCCACUGCCCACAAAGCUGAAUCUUACAUCAUUUGAAGACAUCAACAAUCAGGCCUCCCAGUCUACCAAAGAGCAGCUUAAGGACGUAGAAUUUAAUAUACUCGCAAUUGUUUCCGCUGCUUCCCGCCAAGGUUUGUUGCAAAAGUCCAGAAAAGAUUGCAAGAACUCAUUCUCAUCGAUACUGACUUUCACCUUCACACUAUGGGAAGAAACUAUUAUUGAGGAUGAAGGCAGGAAGCUCCUUGACCAAUUCCAAAAACGUCCUAUUAUCUUUGCCAGGCGUAUUGGGGUAUCCAAGUACAAUGGUUCAUCGUUGACAACAAAAUUUAACACCACAAUACAAAUUGAUCCCCCUUAUUCCCAAUGCCUACAAUUGCACACAUGGGUCACAAAAAACAGAGAAAUGCUUGCUUCUUUCAGUCUGAGGAGCACAUCUAAAUCUGGAUCUCUUAUUAACGUUUCAGUAGAUGAACAAAUAGUCCCAAUUGCAAAUGUUCAAUCACAACAGGACGGGCAUUCCUUCUCCAUUGAGGCAAAAGUAUCACUUCCAAAUAAACUCAAAAGUUGCUAUGUUUUACUAUGUCCCAACUGCAAACAAGAAGUCAGAAGUUUAAUAAAAAGAAAAUUUCUGUGUAUGACUUGUAAGCAACAAAAUAUGUUAAUUCCUAGGUGCAGAUUUGAUGUAAAUCUCCAAGAUGCUUCCGGAUCAAUAAUUGGGAUAAUUAUGGACAAAGAAGCAGAAAAAUUAUUAUCCCUUACCGCAGAUGAGAUUUACGACCUUGCUUCAAAUGAGUUGCUACCAAUGCAGAAUAUUCAAAGCAAGCUAAAUCAGAACUUUUACAUAAUUCAAGUGAAAAAAUCAUUCUCCCGCAGUUCUCAAGCAACAUCUGGAAAAUUGUACAUUUUGUCUUGCACUGAAAAAGGAAAAAUGGUGCAUUCUCUCCCUGAAUCACCAAAAACUGACAUUGAAGAAGGCAACAAAAGGAAAAAGAAACAUUUAGUUUCCUUUGAUGAAGAAACAGAAGUACCAACCGAGCGACGUCACUCGCUCAAGCUGAAACAAAAACUGGAGCCAACAACUCCAGUAAAAAAGAAAUAAAGGAUAACCUUUUUUUGCAAUCACUUUUACGUUUUGCGGAACAAAGUUCUUUUGUAGGGAAAUCAAUUCUCUUUUGAAGCUUGCUUUUGACUUUUUGUCUUGCAACUACAUGUUCCAACAACAUAUACAUCCAUCAAAUAAAGGGGACGAUGUUCCCUAUUUCUUUAGGGAUUUAGUCUGUCAAUUCGUCCUCUAUGAAAUUCCAAUCUUAACUGCACAAACUAUGAGGCUGGUUUAUACUAAAGGGGUGCAUGCAAUAUGGAUGGAGAGAAAUAAAAGGCAAUUUGAGAAAGUGUCAAACACUGUGGAAGCAAUAGCAAAGGAAGUGGCAAUCACCUGCAGCAUCAGAGCAGCACCAGUCAUUAGCAAUGUUAGGAGGUGAGGACAUCUCUUUGGUCUACCAAGUCAUCUAUCGAGUGGAUAUAGAAGUAUCUUAUGGCCUUUUGCUAAAUAUUAUGUGGAACUAAAAGUACAACAAAUAGGAGCACCAUCCAUGUAUAAUGAAGAACCAACAAACAUGAAACACUAACUAGAAAUCUCGGGAGGGCACAUUACACCAAAGGCUUUAAUCAGUUUUUGAAAGUGGAAGUUGCUCAAGGCUACAAAAGGGGACACUGCUUCGAUUUUAAGAGGGUUGGGAAGCAAUUACUGUUUUUGAAAGUUAGAAAGCCAGAAAUAAUGCAAUCGAAGAGUACAAAAUGAGAUCAAAAUCAGCCAUGUUAGUCAAGAGCAAUGGAUGGCAUUAUAGAGAUAAAAUCUUUCGAGUGAUUUAUCGGGAUACUGUACAAGUUUUUCUUCUCUUUUCCACAGCCGACAACAACUGGUUGAAUCCAGAUUGUACCCGCUUACACCAAGAACAUCAAGAAUUUCACAACUUUUCUCUUUCUAGCAAGCUUAGCAAUGUAAUAAUCUAACUUUGUUCCGCACAAUAUGAAGCAUAUUAUGUUAUGAGUAAUAUUUAACUUAA